AUGGACAUGGAACUGCAAACUCGUCUGAAAGCAUACCGCUUCAUUGCUUACUCAGCAGUCACUUUGUCUGUGGCAGCUGUUUUUGGAAUCUGCUUCACCCUUCCAAUGCUCCACAACUAUGUGGAGGGAAUGAAGAGCCACGUGGAUAAGGAGUUGGCUCAUUGUAGACACACCACUGCUGACAUCUUCUCGGAAAUGGCUCACAUCAAGAAGGCUAAGAACGGAACCCGAUUCGCUAGACAAGCUGGCUAUGGAAACGACGCUGUUGAGUACGAAGACGACGCUGCUGUUGAAGUUGCUCCAUCUCAAGUCUCCGGAGGAUCAUGCUCAGGAUGCUGCAUGCCGGGACCAGCUGGACCACCAGGACCAGCCGGACGUCCAGGAAAGCCAGGAAGACCAGGAGCAUGCGGACAACACGGAAACCCAGGAAAGCCAACUGGUCUUCCAUGCGACCCAGUCACCGUUCCACCAUGCAAACCAUGCCCACCAGGAGUCCCAGGAGAGCCAGGACACGAUGGAGCUCCAGGAGCACCAGGAAAGCCAGGAUCACCAGGAGUUGGAGGAGGAGCCGGAGCACCAGGAGCACCAGGACCAAAGGGACCAUCAGGAGCACCAGGACAGCCAGGAAGAGACGGACAACCAGGACAUCCAGGACAGCCAGGAGCUAGCUCAUCUGAGCCAGGACAGCCAGGACAAGCUGGACAACCAGGACCACGUGGACCACCAGGAGCCGCCGGAAGCCCAGGAGGUAACGGACAGCCAGGAGGUCCAGGACAACCGGGAUCCCGCGGAAACGACGGACAGCCAGGAAACGAUGGAGCUCCAGGAGCACCAGGACAGCCAGGACAAUCCGGAGGGGCUGGAGAAAAGGGAAUCUGUCCAAAGUAUUGCGCCAUCGACGGAGGAGUCUUCUUCGAAGACGGAACUCGCCGCAGACGUUAA